UUAUCAUCAUGUCUCAUUCUCAAUCCCACAACAUUCUUCUGACCGGCGUCUCGGGCUACCUUGGCGGCACGCUUCUCGCCCAUCUGCACACUCAAGCCAACUCCUCCCCUUAUAAAAGUCUUUACGCCCUUGUGCGCUCCGAACAACAGGCAUCAGCCGUGAGAGAAUACGGAGCUAAACCCAUCAUUCUGAACUUGAACGAUCCUUUGUCCAUCUCAAAAACGCUGAUCGAAAAGGAAAUCAGCGUCGUCUUCUUCCUCAUCGAUGCAUUCAACGUUCAUGUCCAAAAGACGAUGAUUGAGGCCCUGGGACACGUGAGACAGAGGACAGGGAGGGAUGUGCAUUUCCUGCACACGACUGGUGCAAAGGCAUUCAGCUCACAUGUCGGUAUUGACUCUGUUCUUGCCCCCGAGGGGAAAUUGCUCGAUACCGAUCCGCGGCUGUAUGAAAUUCAGCAAACCACAACUGCGCCGGAGGAGUAUGGCUGGUUUACUCAGAUCGCACGGACGAAUACCGUAAUCAUAGACACUGCCGAGGCGCACGGUGUGAAGAGCUACAUCUUUGUCCCCUGCAUUGUCUACGGCGAGGGCAAGGGAUUUGGGAAUAAAAUCUCAAUCCAGGAUGUUGCCAUUGUGAAGGCUGCACGGGCAGCGGGGAGGGUCUACAAGGUUGACGACGGGAAACCGGUCUGGCCCGUCUCGCAUAUUUACGAUACAACGACCCUAUAUUGUCAGAUUCUUCAGCAGAUCCUCUCGGGUCACGAGAUUGGACAUGGCAAGGAGGGCUUCUAUCUGGCUGCGUCGGGGUGCGUAGCAUGGGAUGAUAUUUACAGCGCCUUUGCCGUUGCGUUGCAUAAGCGAGGCCUCAUUCAAGACGCAACGAUUGAAAUGGCGAAUGAGGAGGCGGUGGAGAAGAUGGCGAAGGGCUUGGACCCGGGUAAUGGGAACGUGCGGAUUCAACUGGGCGGGGAGUGCAACUUUACGGCUGUCCACGGUGAGAAGAUUGGUUGGAAGGCUGUAUAUCCGCCAGAAUAUAUCCUGGAGAUUGCGGAUGAGGAGGUCGACUUGAUUCUAAAGACACUGGAUAGUUAG